AAGGAAACUUUCAGUCCGUCUUAUUCCUUGAGCCAGCUCACACGGAGUCGUUUCGGAUUGUGUUAAGGAUAACAGGCAGGACACACAAUCAAGACAUUAACUUCAAAACAAUAUCGACCGACAAAGAAUCUGCUUCCGAAUUCGGAUACAAACACACUCACAAAGGCUCACCCCCUAGGAGCAAGCCAAUCAAGAAUAUGAACAGCUCGUUUUGAUUUUUGUGUUCAACAUAGAAAAAGAGUGCGUACAAGAAAUGAAUCCUCCAAUCGUACUGUCCAAACCGGAUUUAGGUGAAAAUCCAACUGGUUCACCUGCUUCAACGCAUUUCGUACCCCCAAAACCGCCUCCUCAACCACCAUUACAACCGCAGCCACUAAUUCGUCAGCUCUACACUAAACCUAUCAUCGCACCACAACUACUUGACCUGCAUAGUAAGCCACCCUUAUCACAAGGACAAGGGAAUCAAUAUCCGGUACAGAAAACCGGCACAUUUCCCCCACAUACCGCUUCAAUUUACUAUCAAUCUGGAACAAGACAAAUAAUGAGCCAAAAUGGACCUGGAACACAGCGGCCCCCUAAUCCUUCGAUGUCACCGCAAAACAUGCGUUCUAUGGGCCCCAUGAUGCAACGACCAGGAGCACCCCCUCUCAACAGACCUCCCGGUCCACCAGGACAGUAUAUAACUUCUCCAAAUGUAAGACCCCAAAUGCCACCCCCUCCACAACAACAACAACAACAACAACAGCCUAGUAUGCAACGACCUCCUUUGCGUCCAACGACCCCACAGCAAGUAAGACCUACUAAUGUGAUGCCACAAAAUGUAAGGCCUCCAUUUUCACCUCAAAACUCAACAACUGUAACCAACCAACCUAUCAGAUCAGGAGCUCCUCUGGUGAGGCCACCAAAUAUUGGACAAUCUCAAUCACCUAUUGGCGGUCCAGGAACCCAGCAAAUUAGACCUACACCAAUACCACAGCAGAUAAUUAACAAUAGACCACCUUCGAUGCCGUUUAGAUCCCCAGCACAACUCGGCAGUUUUGAACAGUCUGGAACUGAAAGAGACUCACCAGAAACGUUCAAUAGAAUGCAAUCAGAUUUGAGCUUGGGAAAAACAGAUAGUCCUAGAAGUAGCUAUUUGUCUACAGAUGAUGACGAUGACGUGGUUAUUGGAAAGAUCACUCCUUUGGCAUCAUCACGGUCACCUGAAGAUCUGUUGAGUGCCACAUCAAAGAUAUCAGCUCCUUUGAAUAGAUCAGAUAGUCAAAUAUCCAUACCAUCGAGACCACAGUCAGGACUUGGAAACUACAUUAAAUCCUCAGAUAGAACCGCACAAUCGCCUCAACCACUUCAAUCAAACGAAAUUGUUUACAAAGAGAAACAACCAAUUUCUGCGGAAAAGCCGCUGGACGGCUUGAGCCAUCCCGAAAAGGCAAAUGAUGAGUUAUCGAAAAAUAUAAGUCAUGUUCUUUCGAAUGACAACACUAAUCGACCUAAUAAACCACUGGAUUUUGCAUCAUCACGUCAGCAGUCAUCUACUAGCGUGGGAAAACACCGGCAGUCAACACCAACGACACCCGGUGGAACAGAUCGGGUUACCUUUGUUUUACCAGAUGAAACAAACGGUACUGAAAACUCGGAACACUUGCGGAAGACUCCUCUCCCGCCAAAUGCUCUUAAAAAGCCCGACGUGGAAACGCGUGGCCGUAGCCCUUUUAAGAGCAACCUCUCUGUGGAUAAAGACCAUCCAGAUAAAGACAACAAAGGCGAUAAUGACAGUGGAGUGGACGAAUCGACACAGGAAAAGGAUCGAAAUGGUCCAAAUUCUCCAGGAUCUCCAUUGAAAUCACCCACUAAGAUUCCAUCAUUGCGGAGGCCAGAGAGCAUUACCCCUCAAACACGAUCCAGAAGUACUUCGAAGCAACGACUCACUGCUAAAACUCCGGAAUUUCCAACUGAACCAUUAAUCAAAAAAGUACCAAUGAAUAAGAUCCAAGUUGGAGCCGCACCUUCGCCGAAUUUGAAGGUUGUUAGAUCGAAAAUUGGAUCCUUAGAGAAUGCAACGCACAAACCCGGUGGUGGACACGUUAAAAUAGAGACUAAGAAACUAGACAUCAAAGCUGCUCCGAGAAUCGAAGCCAAAAACGAAGCAUACGUUCCCAAAGGGGGUGAUAAAAAGAUUGUAACGACGAAGCUAACAUGGAACGCAAAGCCCAAGAUAGGAUCGUUAGACAAUGCCAACCACAGACCUGGAGGUGGUGACAAGAAGAUCGAAACGCUGAAAAUGGACUUCAAAGACCGUGCCAGGCCAAAGAUUGGCUCCAAAGACAACCUGGGAUAUCAACCGGGAGGUGGAGACGUAAAGCCUGGAAGCGCCAUCACUGUUGAGCAAAAAAGAAAAGCAAUCGUUAACCAAAAGUUGGACAUCAAGGCCGAGAGCAAAAUCGGCUCACUGGAAAACAUCAAACAUAGACCGGGAGGAGGAGAUAAGAAGAUUUUCGAUGAUAAGGAUUAUUUGAAACAAAUUGACCACCCAGUGGCCCUAACACCACCGUCACAGCGCACAUUUCGGAAAAUGGCUGCCAGUAUGUCCGGUGUGGAGUUGGCUCGAGAGCUGCAAACCGUUCCUGAGCCGAUGUCCUUGAGAACUUCAAGGCGGCCUUCGUCUUUGACAACAUCUAUCUCACUUCCAGCCGAGUGUAUUGUGCUAUCGGUUGCACCUGGCCCAGUGGAUCCAUUGCCGGAACGCAAACUACGACGAACGGAAUCAACGCGUAGCUUCCUGAAGAAGGAUGGACGAGCAUUUCAUCCGAAGCCAUUUCGAAUAUAUUGAGUAUUGGUUAGUCAAGUCAAUUGUUAAGUAGCUAUGAUAGCAGCCACUGAGUGUAAAUGGUUUCAGGAAUUCAAAUAGUAAAAAUUGUACACACUCAAAAAAUUUUACUACACUCUCAACAGCUGAAUUGUUUGUUAAGAAUUAUACUCAUUUGUCAUUGUUUGAAUAACAAUGAAUUAAAUGAUUGAACAGUAAUGAAACAUAGUACUUCAAGGAUUUACUUAUUUUAUGUUUUAAUACUAUAAAAAAAAUGUAACAUAGGAACACACUUUUACCAAACUGUUCUAGUUGUUGAAAGCUCACUGAAAUUUUUUAAACAUUUGAAGAGAUGGUUUCCGUAUAAAGUUUUCAAUAAUGAAUCGAAUCAGCUGAUGUAGUCAUACUUACAGAAUGUUUCAUUAGGUUUUCAUGGAACGCAAAAAAAAGGUUUCGGCCAUUUUUUUAAACUGUGUUACUGCAAUUAUUUUUUUUAGGUUCCAAAAGCUGCGGCCACAUAUUCAAUUCCUAAAGAGCUGUUUUUAUUACUGUUCGUUUUCAUGACCAUAGAUAUACGCGAUCGAUACAUUAUGACAGCUAAAAUUACGAUCGAAUGGUUUUGGAGUCAUUUUAGUAUUAAUCGGCAUCAACAUGUCAAAAUGGCGGAACAGAUAUUGGACACAAUCUUUCUUAGAAACUAAUGAGCGCAUUUGACGCCUCCCAAGCAGUCCAACCCCACUUACGGAAAGAGGUUGAUUUUCUUUUAUUUUAUUUGAGUAGGCUUGAAUACGCUCCACGACGUCGUGAAAGGUGUUGUUCACAAAAGUACUCACGUCCUUUUAAAAUGUUGAUAUCAAAAUAUUGAUUUGAAGAUGUUUUAAAUUACUGUAAUACAAGUUAAACAACAUGGAUAACGAUAAACGACACAUAAACGAAAAAUAUGAAUAUAAAUCAAAACUGAUUUAAUUAUUUGCAUAAUCUGACAUAACUUUGCUAUGUAAAGUUACAGCUCAUUGAUUGAAUACACUUUGUCGAUGUUGUUUUUUUCUCAAUUAAUUAAUUUGUUCAAGAUGACAUGUGUAAGGAUUAUGAGUACGGGGCGUUUGAUAGCAGCGGCAGACUCCCUAUUUGAGAGUCCAUUGUCCACGUGCAACACAUGACCUCAUUCCAUUUUUCUCCCAUUUAAUUCAAAAUGCUUUAUUCUACCUUAAUUCCUGCAAAACUUACUGGGUAUAUCUAUUUCAAAUUUAAUCCACCAUUAGGUUUUGAUCAAUU